AGCUCCCACCAAUUACGCCUGCGCGGAUCACUAUUUGACAUAUUUUCGGUUACCCUACAGGCCCUUGCAGCCAGGCAGGCCAGCAAGCCCUCCAACACCCCCCCAAUCGAACAAAGGAUACUCAGAGUUAACAUCUUGGACUGGUAGUCAAACGCGACCACUUCUCCUUGUAGACGCUGGCCCAAGCAGGUGAGGCAAGAGACAUGGCUCCCGACGCUGAAAUACUCCCCCGGUCCAGGAGCCGCCAUCUUCUCCGCCAGGAAACCGGAGCGCCUGCCUUACGUAAAACUACGCGAUGACGUAUGGAGGCGACAACAUGGGCGUGUCGAAGGACGUCGCGUUACGCUCUUUUAAUCCAACGCUUUACCUCAAAAUUAAUUUGAUCUCCCUUUUUUAUCAUCUAAUCGUCUUUUAAACACAUCCGAUGUGAUUUAAAUAGAAACAAUAUUAAUGAACCGAAGAAGAAGAGUGUGCUCGCUUUGUCUCCCCACUCAACCGCCCUCCAUUCAAAGUGCUCCCCCUACUGGACACAUGGGGGUACUGCACGAUGUACUGUAGCACACACCCUGAAGUGCAAAAAUAAUGAGCAUUGCAUUUUGUAAUUUCUCUUAAGUGAGGUACAUGGGUUAAGAGAGGACGCAUUCAUGGAGGAUAUUUAUUCCCAAGGCAUCUGGAUGGCUGAAAGCCUCCAGCAGAGGACGGGGAGUCAUGAAAAACUUUGGCUUGUUGUCACACAUCUUGGGGAUCCCAAAGCAGCCUUCCUGCUCGUCUUCCCCUUCACAUACUUCCUCAGUAAGCGAGCCGGGCUGGCAGUGGUCUGGGUGGCAGCUUUAACGGAGUGGUUCAACUUGGUGUUUAAAUGGAUGCUGUUUGGAGAAAGGCCGUUCUGGUGGAUCGGUGAAUCAGGUCUUUUUCUCAACAAGCAGCCUCAAGUCCACCAGUUCUCCUCCACAUGUGAGACCGGCCCAGGGAGCCCGUCUGGACAUGCGAUGGUGACAGCAGCAGUCUGGUGGGUCGUGGUGUCCACACUGGGGUCAUACCUGUACUCUCGAACCCACAGUGUGCUGUUGUCUGCUGCUCCAUACCUGCUCUACGUGCUGAUGCUGGUGGCUGUCGGACUCUCCAGGAUUUUCAUCCUCGCCCACUUCCCCCAUCAGGUCGUCACUGGCUCGAUUACAGGUCUCAUUCUGGGGAUCAUUCUGAGCCGCAGAGUACCUGAAGGUCGCCCCCUGCUGUUCUUUUUUAGCCUGAGCAUCGGUUUGCUGUUCAGCACUGUGUUGCUGCAUACUGGACUGCAGCAGCUGGGGAUCGACCUCUCCUGGUCCAUUGCUCUGGCGAAGAAAUGGUGCUCCCAUCAAGAGUGGAUCCGUUUGGACACAGCUCCCUUCUCCUCUCUGACUCGAGACUGCGGGGCUCUCCUGGGUUUGGGUCUGGCUCAGUACUGGAAACCUGGAGGUUACUCUCUAGCCUGGGCUCCACGAGCUUUAUGUCUGGCCUUCUCAUCCAUGGGUCUAUACCACGUCAACCGCCUGCCGCUCCCAAUCAAACCGCAGGGUCUCUUUUACGGCCUGUUCUUCGUCAAAUUCAUCAUCGUGCCUCAGAUCGUGAUUGUGCUCGUGCCGGGACUCGUUCACCUCUUCACUAACAAGACGAAGAAGGAGUAGGAACCAUGAUCACUCCAUAUCAGAGGCAGUUCACUCCUCAGUCUCUGUAUAAACAUUUUAAAUGUCUAUUUGAUGCAUUUCAUGGCUGCACUUGUGGGUAAAACUGUACAUAGUAUUGUUUGUCACAGUCCAAAUGUUGAGGGUCUGUGGAGGGUUGUUUGUUUCAUUUUUAUAAGAGAGUAAAUGAGCGUUCAAUGUGGGGAUGCAUCAGAUGUUUAAUCACAUGUGCAGUAAAUGUAUGUACUGUGAUGGUAUCAGUGUUCUUAAUCUCAGAGUAUUUUUUGGGAAAUGGUGAAUUUCUAUUUUGAGGUUUUGCUGUAUUUGAGGUUUCUUGCAUCAAAAUGACGACACGUUUGCUUCUAAGUAUUCCUGAAGAAAGGUAGAGGGGGAAAUAUUUUUCACUGUGUUGAUUAUUUGUUCUUACUUGAAUAACUUUCAGCUCUCAGACCUUCAUCAGAUAAAGGAUAGGGUUUCACUUUAACUUGGUCUGGGAACCAAAAAUCCUGAGGUGGUUUAAAGUGUUAAGAUUUUAUUUUUCUUAGUUAAAUGGUAGAAACACCUCGUGACUGUGUUUACUUUAGUUUACAUUACAAGGUCAAAGGUAGCCUGCAGAUUUAGCAUUGCACUAUUAUAGCAACACUGUUGUAUUAACACAUUAAAGAGGUCAACACUCA